AUGAGCGCCUCUAACGAUACCAGAUGGCGGGGUGGACCUAGUCGCCAUGGGUCGCAGCGCAACAAUCGUGAUAAGACAGGAGGACAUGGAAAUGCCCGCGAUAAUAAUACUGCUUGGGGCGCGUCCCAUCCUCCACAAGAACCGCAUGUCCCUGUACGGGGCUUCAAUGCCGCGGAGGUCAAGAACACCCUAAAGAAGGGACCCGAAGCGGGCAAGUCAGUGCCUUACAAACCGGUGUCCCAAGAGGGUUCACACCCACGAUCUACUGCUUGGGGCCCUAAGGCACAAAACAUGGCGAAUGGGAAGGACUUUUUCCUAGAGCUUCGAAAACAAGUCGCUGCACUGCAGCGCAACGGCCCCCCUGUGGGCGGCUGA